AUGAGACAGGCAGCACACCCCUCGCUUUAUCAUGUCAUGCAGUUAAUAGACCCGAUGUACCAUACAGAUGAUCAAGAAGGAUGGAUCUAUCCUAGUCACAUGAUUGAGGUUACGGGUCAUUCAAACGUCAAAAUGUUUUUUGGAGCUGGUGUUUUCGAAGAAACAUUCCUGAUUAUUCUAAAUUCAAAAGAAAACAAGGAUCGUGAUUUGAAGAAUAAGAAAUACCACAAGCACCAUAACCAGACAUUGGCCCUACACAACCUAAGUGCAUCGGAUCGCCUGAAACAAGCAGCUUGCUCUGGAAGCUCUGUUCCUCCCAUAUCCUUCCACCUCUUGAUCCUCCUCUCACCUCAAAGUCGGUCCCCGGCGGCCAAGUCACCGUUGUCACAGCAGCUCACAGCUCCAACUCAAUCAGGCCUUAGCCGUCAAUCUAAGAAAAAGAGAAGAAAUGUUGCGGAGCGAGAGGAUGGGGCCGCCAAAACUGAAACGCAGGCGCAUCCGGAUAGCCAAAGCGCGUUCUCCCCAGCCUUGGAGCCGGAAGAUAUCACCCUCGAUUCUCAGAAUGUUGCCGUGCAGCAACAUCUAACCCACGUCAAUUCUCCAAUCUUGGAUACUUUAAACUCGUUGAGUGGCCAUGAUAAUAGUGAUACCGUCCAUCGAACUGAUUCCUGGGCUAAGUCCAUUCCGUUUGGAAAAAGCCCACCCAAUGAUCUGAUAGAUGGGCUGAGCAUAAGCGCAUCGCCACCAAAUUUUGCCUCACUUGGGGAAAAAGGGGGUUUCAGCCAUAGCCCUUCACCAGCCUCACAACCGAUGGGGAAGCCUCGGCCCUUGAGCUAUGGAAAUGGCCACCCGAAUUCUACGCCGGCAAGGUAUCAAUCUGUGGAUAGACAACGUUCGUCCAGUAGUCAUCACAUGCACCAAAUUCCAUUGCCUCAUCUACCACAACCACAUUUUUAUUCCGCGCCCGACAUCGACAUACCGCAUUUCCCAAGUCCCAGUAUGCGACCCGCAGGGGAAGGUGGCUAUACUUUCUGUUGCUUUGAUGCGAUUUCGAAUCCACAUUCAAAAUCAAGUAAUAAAUUUGGUGGCAAUGUCAUGUUGAUUGGGAGUGAUGGGUAUUUGGACGUGCUUAAUGUUGAAGGCGAUAAAGCCAGAGUAGUCGGGAAGCUCGAUGGACUAAAUGGAAGAGUACUAGACGCCAAAAUUCUGACAUGGGCGUCUAGGGUUGAUCCUUUCGCAACAUAUCGGCCACUCAUUGCGAUAUCUAUACACGGGCCCGCUCAGACAGUCGACGAUGGCGGCACCUCGUCUUCCGCGGAUUCGGAUCAGGUCGAAAUAGUACCAGCAGUACCGAACCCACGGUCAAGGCGUGAUGAUACCCUACAAGUGCAGACUCGAGUUCAAGUCUACUCCCUCAAAACACAGGAGCACAUAACAACACUCUAUUCAACAAAACCUGUGCCCUGCUACGAUCCCUUCCCUGGCUUGCCGAUCUCCGCUUCGUCACCCGUUGGAAACCUGAAAAUAUUUGCAAGUGGAAAUUUUGCUGUUAUCGCUUCUGGCACGAGUGGCGAGGUUUUCAUUUAUAGUAUUAUCUCCCAGUCGUCACGCGGUUUUUUUCAGUGCCUUGGAAAAACUUGGACUAGUAUGCAGUGGAAAGAUGUCCGCAGAUAUUCUAGCUCGUCGAACUCGACAAAUGACCUGGACGAUUUCCAAUCUGAUACUAGCCGGCCUUCAACCAAUUUAGACACUCCAAUUUUAUCUCUUAGUGGUCGAUGGCUAGCUGUUGUUCCACCGUCUGCCUCACGCCGAGUUUCCCUCCAUGGAACCAUUCCCUCGCAUCUAAUCCAGAAGAAAACUUAUGGACUAGAUAGUCAUACCCCUCCUUCUCGUCCUUCAAUCUCGUGUGGGGUUGACUCUGGGGAAGGAGAGAGCCUCCUCAAUAAGGUUGCAAGAGGAGUCACACAAGAAAUUUUCAAAGGUGCUCGAUGGAUCGGAGAUCAAAGUGUCCAAACCUGGAAUAGCUACUGGAAUAAAGACGCUCAGUUAACGCAUGCGACUCCUUCUCGUCGCUCUCACCAAUUUGACGCGCAAACCGGACACAAUAUUCUUCCGCCAACGCAUGCGCCUGAUACUCAAUCAGGCUUGGUUUGCGAACCCGAUCUUGUGUCCAUCAUUGAUUUGAAGAAAUGUGAAGAAGCCCAUGAUAUUAAAUCGGGAUUUCCUACCCCCAUUGCCACAUUCCAACCACCUAAUGGAUGCAGCUUUCUUUCCUUCGCACCUAACGGUCUCAUGCUGCUAACUGCCAGUAAAAAGGGGGACAUACAGCAUAUUUGGGAUCUCAUGCAGGUAAAGCACUGCAGAUCUAGGGCAUUUAUAUCGGAUGAUCCAACUUCAAACGCAGUGGCUUCCAAUCCUCCGGCUCUUCAUGUGCGACAAGUCGCGAGAUAUGCCCGACUGACGACGUCAAGUAUUGUUGAUAUUGUAUGGACUGCUCCCACGGGGGAGCGCUUAGCGAUUAUCACUAAGAAAGGCACUGUUCACGUCUAUGACCUUCCACGUGCUGCAUUCCAAUGGCCACCUCUCCGCCGAGUUGCGCCCUCUAAGAUGAACCAAAAGGAUACUUCAGCUAUUGAAGACCAUGAAGAGGCUCCUCCAGGUAACCCGUUCUCUGCCGCCAUAAAACUUGUUGGUGGCACAACCCAGCCUAUUCUUGCAGCUGUACGAGGUCGUGCGCCGAGUGUCGGAGCAGCUUUCCAAGGUGGUGCAGGGGCAUUCGGCAUUUCGGCUGCAACGGGAGUUCGUGGUGGUGGUAAGGCUGUCGCUGCUGGUUUGAGUAAGUCAAUGGGUGCGGCAACCGGUACUAUGAACACACUUCGACGUGUGGGCGAAAACCGCCUGCAUCUCUCUGCCUUUUCCAGAGACACUGCUCGUUCUCGAGUCACUUGGCUUGGUACAGAAGACGAACCCUUCUUAGGUGUCAUUGACGGCGGCAAGUUUACAGCAUACAGAGUCCGACGGAGUUCUUCAGCUGGAAAGAACAAACAAAGUCACUCCGUUAUUGGAAGCAAAUUAGCGGAUAUCCGAUUACCAGCUAAUGCUCAGUUGCUCAGCGGUCCCGAGCAGGCAUUGCCCAUGCCGAUCGAAACUCAAGUUUCCGGGUUCUGGUAUUUGUCCUCACCUACACUCGUACGACGCUCGAGUGGCAAGCUUAAAUCACAGCCACUUUCCCAGGCUGAAAUCGAAGCCAAUGCACCGUAUCAGCCAUUCCAUACCGACCGCAGAGUAAACCUCAUGGUUUAUCCUACCAGCUAUGAGGAGAAGGUUGUCAUGCCGACACAACAACCAUGGGUUUUUGGGGACGAUAUCCCUUCGAUAAAACUCAAUUUACGCCCGGCCACCCAUAGCGAUGAAGAUGGCAAAGAUAAUAUCGAUAUCGGACGCAACGCUGGUCCUGGUGAGAUAGAGAAUUUGAUCAGUCUUGGAAACGCUGGAGAUAAUGUUGAGCAUGUAGUGAUUACAGCUCGAAGGAAGAAGCGGGCGACAGCUUCAUCCUCUACCGUCGGUUGUGCUGCCACAGCUGAUGAGGAUGGCUUCUUCGAGGAUGACUGUGAUGUUUUAGAUUUCGCACGAGAUCGAGUGUGA